AUGGAGGAAGAACGUGUUACUCUGGAGAAUAAAUACCACUUUUGGGAAAGUGAGGUGGAGCUGGUCAGAAAGAAGGCGGUUGCACCAGAUGGAAAGAAGUUUCGAUACUUUGAUGACAGAGGAAUCUUCAACUUUGUCUUUUUUCUUUGGGUGCAUAGAUGGGUUAAGGCAACUGCCAAGGAGUACUUUGAUCCCUACAUGAUUCAUCCCUUUCCCUUACCUGACCAGGCGGUAAUAUGGUAUCCUAUAUUUUCCAAGCACAUUAGUGAUGGGAUAGCCAGUAUUGAGACUUUUGAGUCUCUAAGUGAAGAGGAAAAGAAGAGAGCCAAGAAACCUGUAAGAUGCAUUCUGUUACGGGCUCUAAUUUUGACCUUUUGGAAGAGGCUACUCACCAUUCUAAUAGGAAUUGUGAUUAUGAAUGCUAUUAGUAUGACUGUGGCAGUGUUCCUGCACAAAUUACUAGGUUUAUUGAGUAAUAAAAACUUAAAAUUUGCGGCCUUAUUUUGGCUAGCCAUAUCCAUCAUUCUCAUGGAGUUGUUCAAGGAAAUCACCAUGGAUCACAUCAACUACUACGUGAACAGGCUUUCAUUUGCUAUUGAUACUUCUGUCCGUAUUUCACUGUUUCAGCAUGGACUUUGUUACAGGAGGAGUCAGUUUGGGCAUCUCUCUAACAAUCCUGACUCUUGCAAGAGUGCAAUUCACAGCUGCUCUGGAGAAGACAAAUGCUCCAGUGACCCAUUGCUGUGCCCUGCUAGACGCUAUAAAAACAAUGAGGUUACCCCUAAAAUGUAUUCUUUAACGUUUAAUGAUUCACACUUUGUUCCGUUUUCUGUAAUGUUCUUGACAGGAUUUGUAGAUUUCAUGACAGCUUUUACGUAUGGUAUAAUCAUAAUGAGUACUCUGUUCAAGGUAAAAGCGUCUACUAUUCUAAUAGUAUCCAUGUCACUUGUGGCAUGUAUGUUUCUCAUACAGAUAGUAAAUGGCCUCAAUUUCAAGUACCUGUUUGGGUUAAGAGACAAUAGAAUUACCAAACUUAAUGAGGUAAUUCCAAACCUACCCUUGAUUGAGAGGAUGGCACUAGACGAUGUUGCUCAUGAUGCCAUCACAGAGGCUAGAAAUGAUGAACUAGUGUUGGUGAGAAUUCGCUUCCUUUUCUCCUUGGUAAACAAUGUUAUAAUGACAUCAAUCAUGUGCAUCAAUAUCAUUAUUCUCGUAAACGAUUUUGUCGGACAAGUUAAGGACGCCACCAACGUUGAGAGCAUUGAUCCACCAGGACUGAUCGCCUCUAUCUUUGUUUUGAUGAAGAUCAUAGGUCCGCUCUACGUAUUGUCUUUUAAAUUGGAACUUUUGAUUUAUACAGUAAUUGGAUUCGUACGAGUGGAACGUUUCUUCAGAACUUGUUCUCCAAACUUUUACAUUCCUGAUAACAAGUUUACUGGGAAGACUGUUCUACCAGAGGUUAAUCCUGGCAAGGAUAAGACGUUACCAAAGGGUCUUAUGGUGUUGUUCGAGAAGGCCUCCUUUGCAUGGGUCAAUAGUAGGAAGGAUCUCCUAGACAAUACCGGUACUACCUGUCUGAGGAACCUUGACUUUGUCCUCAACACUGGUGACCUUGCCAUUAUUACUGGUGCUCAAGGUUCUGGAAAGACCAACUUUGUCAAGGCUAUUCUUGGUGACAUGACUCUGGUAAAGGGCUCAAUGGCUGUAUUGCCUCUCUCUACCAACAUGCCGAUAUUCUAUGCUUCUCAAAAGGUGUGGCUACAAAAGGGUACCAUCAGGUCUAACAUUACCUUUGGUCACAGAUUUGAUGAGAAGCUCUACAACACUGUUCUAAAGGCAGUUGAACUUGAACAUGACAUAUCCACUUGGGAAGGGGGUGACUUGCGUAAGAUCUCUGAACAUGGCUACUCUCUUAGUGGAGGUCAGAGAGUCAGAGUCGGACUUGCUCGCGCCAUUUAUGCUUACCUCAUCUUUAGCAAUACUAAUAGGGAGAAUGAAUCUGGAUAUUCCUUCUUGGUAGUACUGGAUGACUGUUUCACUAGCUUGGAUCCCUUUGUUGCAAAGACAAUCUUUAGGAAUCUCUUUAAUGUUCAUGAUGGAUUAUUGGUGAAAGAGGAUGUAUCUGCUAUUAUAACAAUUUCCAAGCGUGUGUUGGAUGCUUGUACAUCAUCUGAAUCGCCAGAUUCAUACCCUGACGCUGCUUUGUAUACAGUGAGAAAUAAAACCCUUGUGCAAAGUAACAGGUUUCACUCUUUUAUAGAAAAUGAAUUUGGUAAUAUUGAGCCUCCAAAGCCCUCUGAAGACAUAGUGAAGCUUAAAUCAGGGUCAUUUGAGAUUCUUAGAAGGUGCAGCUCGGAUGACUAUACUCGUGAUGGACGAAGAAGAUCAACGGAGUCUAGAUACUCUGAUUCUCCUACAGUUCAGAAUCUAUACAAUAGGAUAAAUUUUAAACGUGGAAAGAACAAAAACUUUAAGCCAUACAAAGUCUACCUUCACGCUGCAGGCUGGCCUAUAUUCUUGUUCUUCUUUUUCACAUUUGUAUUCGCAAGCUUGGGUAAUGUUCAGUUUGUAAUAAUGUCAAAGCUGUCGGAUGCAGUUGUUGAGUACAAGAAAGAGGGAGAUGGAACUACAAUUUCAUUUUCUGAACUUGAAGUGUAUUGUGUCAAGGCUCUAAGAUGGAUUCUUGUUAUUUCCAUCUUGGUGAUAAUUGGAGCUAUAUUGCGUAUAUGUGCUAUGACAAAGGCUUCAUUCAACAUUUCUAGGAGGAUACACGAGUACUGCAUUAAUUCAGUAUUUGCAAACAGUUCUGCGGUUCUCAACAUCAAAAAGGCAUUGACCAGUGUCCAUACUUUCUUGUAUAUGGAUACACUCGUAAUUGACGUUUCGCUAAAUUACUGCAUGCAUGGUGUUUGUCUACUGUUUAUUGAAGCAGGUGCUCAUCUCCUCAUGUUAUUGUUUAUGGUACCAUGGUCUAUUCCAUUGGCUCUUCUACUUUGCUUUAUCAUUCUUAGGUUCCUCGCAUACUAUUAUAUAAAGUCAUGUAAGAGCCUGCAGUAUACGCGUAUAGAGGCGUUUGAUAAAAUAAAUGAUACGAUCGAGGCAGCUAUCUCUGGCCUACCUCUCCAUCGUAGUUUCAAGAAGGAGUGGGAAUUGAUGCAUGGGCUAAUUGAACACACAGACUACGCAUUGAGAGGUCUUUAUUUUGUAAACUCGGCCAUAGUGUGGAGCGUUGUUUCAUUUAGAUGUUUGUUUUCUCCACUGGCCAUAUUUAUUCUUGUAUUUCCUCUUGUACGCUCAUAUUAUUUUGGCGUGGAUGUAAAAGUUGGCUACUAUGGUAUGGCAUAUUCCAUCUUUUUAAGUCUAAAUAGUUACCUUGCAAAUACUUUACAACUCUACAGUUAUCUGGAACUAAUGUUUAUUUCAAUCACAAGGUUCGAGAAUUUUAUUCCCAAAAAUACUCCACUCAAGUUUGUAAAGAAGAAGGAUAUUAACAGAACCGACAUAGUGAUUGAUUCAGGGUCAAGCGCAGGAGACAAGAUAUCCGAUGAAAAUAUUAAGGACUCCAUUCGUAAGAGGCGACGUAAUGAAUAUGCUGAGAGAAGAGCUGCUAGAUGUACUAGCCUCAAGAUGCUCUUUUUCAAGCACCAUGUUAGUAUACUUGACGUUUCCAAGUAUGCCACUCCAGGUACGACUAGGAUAAAGUUGGAUAAUGUUAAUGUAUACAUUACCUCCUCCAAGGAUGGAAUGCAAUUCCCUAUUUUAAAGAAUGUUACAUGUUCGGCUAAUACUUCUGAUAUUGUCGGUAUCAUUGGCAGAACUGGUGCGGGAAAGUCUACCCUAUUGUCAGUGCUCCAGAACCUGGCAGAGAAUAGAGACGGGUCAGUUCUCCUGGAUGGCUGUGACUUGAAUGAUAUGCCAAAGAACGUGACUAGACAGAUUAUUGGAGUAUUACCUCAACUACCUUUCGUAUUCAGAGGAUGGACAGUUCGUAGAGUUAUUGACCCUAGAAUGUUAUUUGAAGAUGUUGAUAUUGAAAUGGCCUUGGAUAACUGUGGCUUGCUCAAGUUUGUCGAGAACCUCCCAGGUGGUAAGGGCCUUGAUACUAUCAUUAUACCUGACCAUUACCACAAAGAUAUGCCAAGGUACUACAAGAGGGUCUACUAUGGGCCUACUCUAAAGCCACACGAGGCCUCCUCUGUGGAUAAUGUCAAUAUUGACCAUGGCAUGGUGCUUUCAAAUUCACAACUCCGUACUUUGUCUGUAGCAAGACUAGUACUAUACAGAGAAUUCUUCAAGGUUCUCUUGGUUGACGAGCCUCCAGAGGAUGAACUUGGAACAUCCAAUACUGCAGAGGUUCCAAUAUAUGAUUUAAUCAAGACCCACUUCCAACACUGUGCAACAUUUAUCGCAGCCCACAAUACAAAUGUUUUGCGCUUAUGCACAUCAGUUUGGGUUUUUCACAAAGGUUCUCUCAUUAGAACGUGUAAAGCUCAAGACAUCUCUAAUAGUGAGUCACUUUCCAAGAUUAUAGAGGAUUGCAUCACUACACACAUUUAA